UGUACCAUGUCUCGUGUGCGCCAACGGCAAUCGAUCGCUGGUUGGGUAUGCUCCCGGCCGGUUUCGUUUCGUUCGAUUCAGUUCUGUGUGGGUUGUCUUCUGAUACAAAACGGUUUAAGCGGUUGCUGUGCAGCGCCUCCUUUAGCACAUUUUCGCGAUCGUUUCGAGCGACGGUGUUUGAUCGAUCGGUGAUCUGGAAGAAGGAUCUGUGGUUAGGAUCGAUACACAGUGGUUAAGCUCUAAGAAUCAAACUGAUUUCACUAUUCAUAAUCAAGCAAUGUUACUACAACACGAAAGUGCCGCCGCCAGCAGCAUGGAGCAGAGUAUGCCCGAGAAUCUCAGCACUCAUCAUGUUUACGGCGGCGAGUGUGAAGUGAAGCAGCUGCCAUCGCCGACCACGCACGAUCCCACGGAUAGUGAUCGUGAUCGGUGCGAUCUGUCGCCUAAGGUGUCCACCCAUAGCCCUGAGACAAGUGUAACCAGUUCAACGCCUCCCAUUACCCAUACCACCACCAGCACCACCACCACCACAACCAAAGUGAAACUCAGUUUCAGUGUUGAUCGAUUGCUCGGCUCUGAGCCAAGCGAAUCAUCCCUGACAAACUCGUCAUCCUCCUCCACCUCCUCGCGGUCCUGCUGCGAUGGCAGUGUCUACUCCUGCUGCACAUUUCCACACUGUUACAGUCAAUCGAAUGCAGCAGAGGCUGCCAAAAUGGGACACAUCGCUUUACCACAAACGACCAGCCAUCAUUAUGCCUAUGCGGGAUUGGAUAAGCUGUACCCGAACCUUUAUAUGGAUUACAAAUCUGUGCUGAGGCCAACGCCCAUUCGAGCAAAUGAACAUGCAACCACCUAUCCCACUCUGGCAACCAACGCUCUUCUCCGCUUCCAUCAGCAGCACCACCACCAGCAGCAGCAACACCCACAGCAGCACCAUCAGCCACACCUGCAUCAGCAGAAACCUGCCAGCAAUGCAGCUUCCACAGCUGCAGCGCUGCUGGCGCCUCUUCAUGGCCUCAAAUCGCUGCAGUUGGCGCAGCAGCAGCGAUUUCUGGGCAAGUCGCAGCAGCAGCUACUGGACAACAUUCCCACAUCGCAGGCGGCAGCUGCCACAUUACAAAAUGGCAGCCAAAAUGGGGGCGGCAACAGCAGCAGCAGCAACAGUGGCAACAGCAACGGGAAACGGAAACGCUCCUGGUCACGGGCUGUCUUUACGAAUCUACAAAGAAAGGGCCUGGAAAUACAGUUCCAGCAACAGAAGUACAUCACAAAGCCAGAUCGGCGCAAGCUGGCGGCACGCUUGAAUCUGACAGAUGCUCAGGUCAAAGUAUGGUUCCAGAAUCGCCGCAUGAAAUGGCGGCAUACACGCGAGAAUCUAAAGAGUGGCCAGGAGAAGCAGCCGCAUCCACAGCAGCCCCCGAAUGCGGCCGCCACAAAGCCCACCAUCCUAACAGUGGCCGGGAAUCAUGCACAGGAGCAGCAGCUGGACUACAGCUCCGACAGCUGCUCCAGUGUGGAGCUCAGCGAACAGGCCGACGAUGAUAUAGAAAUCGAUGUCGUGGAAUAGCUACCAAUUCUACAUACAUAUCUACAUGCAUGUCGCAUGCUUGUUACUUGUGUAAAAUACAAUGUCAAGUAGAUUUUUUGUGGCAAUUGUUAUGCCACAAUUAAGCCAUGUAGAAUACAUCUAUCAAAAUGUGAAUU